CCACAACCAUGCCUCCCAAGCUCAGAAACGCCAUCAUCUGCUUCUCCGGCACCUUUGAGGCGCCAGUUGCUAGCCUCCAGAAAUGGACCGAAGCCAAUGGCGGCACCUUCAACCGCAAGCUAACCUCUUCCACUACCCACCUCGUCGUCAGUAAGACCAACUGGCGCGCCCGCGUUCCCGAAGUGGAGACUUCACUCAAAGACGACGACAUCAAGAUCGUGGACUACGAGUGGUUUGACGACAAAUUACGUCUCGGCGGCCGCAUCACCGAUUCCAAGUACCUGUGGACCACCAUCGAUGCCGAACUCCUCAAGCAAGAAGCCAAGGACGCCAAAGCUGCCGAGCGCGAAAAGAAGCGUGCUGAAAAGGAUAAGGAGAGAAAGAAGAAGGAUGCUGAGAAGAUCAACUGGGGUGCUGCACUGAUGCAACACACCAACGAGGUUGCCCGUGUCGAGGAAACCAGUGAAGAUGAAGACUCCAACGAGGAGGAUUCGUCUGCAGAGCAAAACGAAGCUCUGGCCGAGCAAUUCGCUAAGGGAGCCAAACAGGCAAAGGAAGACUUGAUGAGCGACAACUACCACAUCUACAUGGAUUGCACUGGCUUCGUCUACGAUAUCGUGGUCACCAAAGCCUCUGUUGAACUCUCUCGCUUGGACAGAGCUUGCAUUACUCUACGCCGUCGUCUACACACCCCUCUCACCACUUACGAUGUCACCGCCGUCGACAACGUCAGCUUCCCUACUGCCUUCAAGUGCAUGCGCGACAACUUCAAGGCCCUUACCGGAGUCGAAUGGGACAGCCGCAUCAAAAAGUUCAGCGACGGACCUUCCUUGGCUCCUCUGCCUCGCCCCAAGAUCACCGUUGUGGCUCCGGCAAAGAAUUCGCCUGCAGGAAAACUCUCCAAGGUAACCAAGAAGAGCAAGUCAGACAAGACAGAGACAGAAGAGGGCCCGGAAGACAAGCAAAAGAAACUCGAAGCCGCUUUCGACGCCCUCAAAUACCGUUACCGUCUCCCCGACGAGGGAAAANNCCCUCGCGGCACCAUGGCAGACGGUUCGCACUACACACACCAAAACAACAAGAGUGUGUACGAUCUGUUUGGCGAAGCUGCAGACAGAAGUGCCGAAGACAUUGCCGCCAAGGAAGCCGUCAAGGAAGAAGUCAAGAGAUUGCAGAGACUGCAACUCAAGAAGCAGAAUCAGCAGGUCAAGAACAAGCCUGUGGAGGUUGUGGUUAUCGAGUCUGAUGAUGAGGAAGAGGAGAGCGAGGAGGAAGAGAGUGAGACUGAGGGAGAUGAGGAUGAGCAGAUGGAGGAUGGCUAUGUUGCUGUCAAUGCUGGAGGCAAGGAUGUUGAGAUGCAGGGUUCGGACUGUGCCUUUGAGAGAGCUGCGGACGGAGCUGGAGUUGGUCAGGAGGAUUUCACCAUGGUCGACGCUCCUGCCACUCAUGCC